GGUCUCUGGAGGGGGCGGACUCGCUCGAGCCAAAAAGCCCGGAGCCGCCCAGGAAUCUUGGCGGGGACUGCGAGCAUUUCCUCCCGGGCGGGCCGUCGCGAUCCCGGGGAGGGCGGGGAGGGCGGCAGCGGGCAGACGCGGCGCUGCGCUCCGCCAGCCGGCAGCAUGCGGCCCCUGCUCUGCGCGCUGGCCGGGCUUGCCCUGCUCCGCGCCUCUGAUGCCUUCACCGCUGCUGAACCCUUCAUCCCCUCCCGAGGAGACCCAGCUCGGACUGCAGGGUGUGACAGACACAUGGCUGUCCAUGGCCGGUUAGACGUCAUAGAGGAGACGGUGGAGAAGACGGUGGAGCACCUGGAGGCAGAAGUGAAAGGCUUGCUGGCUCAGCUGGAGGAGCUGGCCUGGAAUCUGCCCCCGGGCCCCUUCAGCCUGAUCCCCGACCUCGCAGAGGAGACGGUGAGCAGCUCAGGUAGCAGAGAUGACAGCCUCCAGGGUUGGGCAGCAGCAUGGGGACGGCUGCUCCACCCCCAUGGUGUAGCCUGGACAAGCCAGGGAGGCUCCAGCUCCUCCUUGGGACAGAAGUGGGAGGCAUCCUCCGGGCUCACCGCAAGUGCUCUCUGCCCCCACGCCCGGGGUUGCUGCAGCCCAGCAUCGGAUCGCCUCUGAGCACCAGAGCAGGAGCCACCCAACAGCGGGCAGUGAUACAACAGCUCUCCUCUGAGAACAGAGCCGUGCGCUCUGGCCUGCCGUCCUCAGCUUUGUGCAAAAUAAAAGCUACUCCUUUGGUCCCCUCUGUGUCUGCUGACAGUGACCCCUGCAGCCACAGCCCCUUCUCCAUCUGCUCCCAUGCGCUGAGACUCACACCCCCUGCAGGCUCAGACCUGUACUUCCACCCUCCUUAUUUAUAGGGGUGGACAGGGCAGGAGUUAGUUCAAGAGGUGAGGCACCUGAGGCGCAGAAUCGUUAAGGCGACACAGUGGAAGGGCCCUUUGAGUAAACUUGUUACUCAAAAUGUGGCUGUAGGUGAACAACAGGGGUGUCACCUGGGAGCUUAUCAAAAAUGCAGAAUUCGGGGCCCUGCCCAGACCUCCUGAAUCAGAAUCUACAUUUUAAUGAGAUCCCCAGGGAAUCUGCGUGCACAUUAAAGUUUUAAAAAAUGUUUCUGUUGAGAUAAAAUUCAAAAUUUUAACCAUUUAAAACAGUACAAAUUCAGUGGGUUCAUAAUGUGUAGUCAUCACCACCUUCUAAUUCUCGUCAUCACCUUCUAAUUCCAGAAAUUUUCAUCACCCCCAAAAGAAACCCUGUACCAUUAAGCAGUCACUUCCCAUUCCCCCUCCCA